AUGUCCCAAAAAUCGUAUGUCCCAGUAAAUACUCAGUUGGAUAAAGUAGCUGUUGCUGAAAUGAUUGAAAAUAGGAAAUUAAUAAGAUCUGUUAUUGAAAGUAUACUUGUGUGUGGACGCCAAGGACUGGCAUUAAGAGGGCAUAAGGAUUCUGGACCUUUAUCAAUUGAGGAAGAACCUAUUGAAAACGAUGGUAAUUUUAGGGCUAUAUUAAGAUAUGGACUAAAAAUGGCAUCUUUAGGUAAUUCUGAUUUACAGCUUAUAAGAGAACGUUGUAAACGUAAUGCACAAUACUUAAGCCCAAAAAUCCAAAAUGAAAUCAUUUAUACAUGCAACAAAUUAAUACUCGAAAGGAUAGUAAAAAGAAUUAAUUUAUCUAAAGGUUUUUGUGUACUUGCUGAUGAAACUGCUGAUAUUGGAGGAAUAGAGCAAUUUUCAAUCUGUGCUAGAUACAUUUAUAAUGAUGAAAUACAAGAAGAUUUUUUAAACUUUGUUCCAUUGCAUAACACUUCAGGAGAAAAUUUAGCAAAUACAUUGUUAGACAGCUUGAAAAACUUUGGUAUUGAUUUACAAUACCUAAGAGGUCAGGGUUAUGAUGGGGCAGCUGCAAUGAGUGGCCGGUUUAAUGGUGUCCAAGCUAUAGUAAAAAAACAGUAUAAAACAGCGGUAUAUAUUCAUUGUAGUGCUCAUGUUUUAAAUUUAGCUAUUUGUAGUGCUUGUGAACUAUCUAGUAUCAGAAAUACAAUAGGCACAAUUGAAGCAGUGUAUAACUUUAUGAAUACACCAAAAAGACAAUGUGUACUACAAAAUGAAGUAAAAAGUAAAAUUCCUGAUUCUAAAAAAGAAAAAUUAAAAAAAAUGUGUGCUACAAGAUGGGUAGAAAAACAUAAUUCUAUCAGAACAUUUGUAGAAUUACAACCAGCUGUAAUUAGUUCAUUAGAAGUAAUGAGUGGUUGGGUUGAUAGAGAAACUUCCACAAAAGCAUCACAAUUGCUUCUGUCGCUUCGUGAUACAACAUUCAAUGUCAGUUUAAUGGUUAUUGAUGAAAUUUUUAAGCAUACAUAUGUGUUAUGUAAAUCAUUACAAAGAGAAAACAUUGAUUUACUUGAAGCAAUUAAUCUGGCUGAGGAUUUAACUAAUGAGAUACAAAAAAUGAGACAAAAUACUGAUGCAGUCUUUUCAGUUAUAUUUAAGAACUUGGAAGAAAAAUCUGAAUGUCUUGAUAUACAAAUUUGUAUUCCAAGGACCUGUAAGCGUCAAAUCAAUCGCUGUAACAUAAUUAGUAAAUCUCCAGAAGAAUACUUCAAAAUAUCAAUAUUUAUACCAUUUUUGGAUUACUUUUUAGAUCAAAUAAAUAGUCGUUUUAUUGAACACAAAUUGGUUUUUAAAGGUUUUAAAAUGUUAUUUAAAAAUGAAUUGGACAAUAAUAAUAACGACAUUUUACAAUUGAUAGAUUUUUAUAAAGAUUCGGAUAAUUUAAGUGAACCUGAUAUUGUAAUGGCAGAAAUUAAGAUGUGGAAAAAUGUCUUAAAAAGAACUGAAGAAGAUCAAAAGCCAAAAACUGUAAUACAAUUUCUACAAUUUUGUGAUGAAGACUUGUUCCCAAAUAUAUACAAGUUAAUAAAAAUAUUAUGUAUAUUACCAGUCACGACAUGUACUUCUGAGAGAAGUUUCUCUUCAUUAAGAAAUCUUAAAACAUAUCUCAGAAAUACUGUAUCGGAAGACAGACUAAAUGGACUUGCAAUGCUUAAUAUUCAUCGAAAUGAAAUCUUAACACCAGAUGAUAUAAUUGAGGAACUUGUAAAAAAAAACAGGAGAUUAAAAUUUUAA